AGUACGAUCUGUAGCAUUGUGAUUUAUGAAAAUUAUAGUGUGUUAGUAAUAACAUAGAUCUAACAGUUUUAAGUGUUUUGUGUUUUAAUUGUAUGUUGUGUUGUGUUCGUGUUGGAGAGAGCAAGGAAUGUGAUGCAUUGGCUUCAUUGCACCUUUAAUGCAACACAGAUGACCAGGCCAUACGUCAAGACUCUUUGAACAUCACAAUAGAAAUGAAGUAAUUCUAAAUUCGCCGAAAUGGGAAGCGGACUCAGUAGUACCAACAGUAAAAAAUGGCAGGGCAAGAAGAGAGAGGUGCCACCACAAGCGGAAUCUUCUAGAAUACUGUUCCUCUUGUACCUUAUACACAGAACUUGGAAUGUGGUCAUUGAACAUGUAGACUCUAAAAGCGCGAGAUGGCGCGGUUCCCACACAGUGCCGAGUUCCGGCGAGGGGCUGGCACACAGGUUCGAUUCCGUCAGCCUCGCCGAUUCAGACGUCGGUUCCUGCUACUCAUCUUGCAGCUGCAGCUACUGCAGACUUCGGGAAUGUGCGCAAGACUGUAUCAGCGAAUUGACGCUUUUGGAAGGCAUGGCGAAUAGCGGCGGGUGGAGUGACGAGCCUGUAUCUAAGGACAAACAGCGUCCACCAAUCUACAACCCUGAAGACUACGCGACCUCCUUGAAGAAAUGGGGGAAAAAGACUGGUGGUGGAAGCCUAUACGAGGCGGAGAGUGUACAGGACGGCAACAAAUCCAGGACAUUGCCCAGCCAAAGCAGUAAAGAUUUCAGGAACCCAUGCUUGGGCGUUGGAGAAGAAAUGACUCUGCGUCAAUUCGGCACACCAAGUGAACUGCUAACCAAGCUGAGAGCAGAUCUGAGGUUGUCAUUUCCGAGUUUCGUACAAGAGUUCGCGUGUGAACCGCUAGAUGGAGUUACACUGUUGCUUGAACUCCUGCGCAACGUACAACUGAGUCAGUCCGGAGAUGGUGCUAAGGGUCCACCUGCUGUUAGAAGGAGACCGCUCCUGGAUGAGCUGGCAUGCUUACAAUGCCUGUGGAGCUGCUGUACCCGGUACCCUGACUGCGUGCGUAGACUGGUUGCUGGUUCCAACUGCGUCUACACCCUCACUGUCUGCAUAAUGUCCACAGUCAACAAGUCCCGAAUUUUGGCAUUGCAGCUCUUGACAAAAGCAUGCUAUCCACCAGUAAAUGGCCACAGUAUGAUAUCGGAAGCACUGUCAACGUUGCGUCUUCGUUAUGGAGAACCAGUUCGCUUCAGGUUCCUGGUGGGGAUGUUGCAAAGCGCCGGUGGUACGGGGGAGAUACAAGCAGCGGGGCUGGCCUUCAUCAACGCUCUCCUCAUUAGCGCACCAACGCCCCAACGGAAGUUGUACAUACAGGCUGAAUUGGAACAGGCCAGCUUUGAUAUAAUUACUUUGAAGAAGAUGAUCAGUAAACUGCCGAUCGCAAAUGAACAAGUCACAAAGGAAAUAGAAAAUUAUGAGAAGCAAUUAAUUGAUAUAGACACGUUGAGUGAAAAAGCAAACGAAGCACUAAAAGAAAAGGAUGACCUGCGUAAUAAGUUGGACCUUCUAGAAAAAAGAGUGAAGAUACUCCAAGAAGAAAAGGGAAUAUUACUAUCGUUGGAGAAAUGUUUGAAGGAAAAAUGCUGUGAACUGCAAGAGGAAGUUUCUACGCUUAGGUCAGAACAUGGCAACAGUAACAGAAAGAAGACGUUUGUCCUAAAGAAAAAGAACUCUAUUCAUAAAAAUAGAGACGAAUCUUCACCACCGGAAGACGAAGGCAUCAGUUCAUCUGAAAGAUCCCUCAGUCCUGACGGCGAUCCUCAAAGAGACUCGAUGGUUUAUGAAGUUUUUAAGAAUGAAACAUACGACUUAAUGCGCAACAAACGUAAUCUUCAUAAAAAACUAGACUCCACAAAGAAAGACUAUAAAAAAUCCUCUGACGAAGAAGACGAAACAACUAUAGAUGAAGUUAUUCAAGAACUUAGAAAUAUCGUUAAUCAUGCUGAAUCAGAGCAGUACAAUAAAUCGCCAGAUGGAUAUAUGGACAAUCGAUCGUCCAGAUGUAAUCAAACGUCUGAAAUCAACGUUUCUGUAAAGACAUUAGAAUGUCAAAAUUAUCGAGAUGAAGACAAAGAAGAUUCUGUGACAAGUACUAGACACAGCAUUCAAAUAACGAACAGCAGCAAUGAGUACUUAAACGAAAAUGAUGAUGAUGAUGAAGAGGAAGAAAUUAAAAUAAUCCCCAGUAAGAUUCACCCACAUCCACCGAGGAAAGCCAAAAGCUUAAUACAUUUAUUCGUCCCACCGGCCGACCAAGGAUUGCUUUACAAUAGACCUGAUUUAUACGAUAACAAUUUUUUCUCCAGCGAUGAUGAUUCUGAUUCUUUGUUAAGUGCCUCGCGUUGCCAAAACAAAGUAACUAAAAAUUCGUCAGGAUCAAGCUUCGAUUUUCAAGAAUGUAGAGCAAUGUUUAAUUCUUUAACAGAAAAGGAGAAAGCGGAUAAUAGAGUUAAACGCUCUAGGACUUGUUCAAGAGAAGAACCGAAGAGAACUUCUAUUAAACGAAGUGAGUCUUUUCAAACUUCAGAAAAAGGUUCGCGACAACGUGAAUAUAUUGAUAGCAUGUUUUACAACGAUCAAACCUCUACAAGCAAGCCUUCUUUACAAAGAUCUAAUUCCAAAUGCAACCGUGUAGAUGAAAUAGUAAAUUUGAUAGAAUCAAAGAAACUGACAAAAAGUUUGGAUAGGAUUGAUGAAGGUUUAAAUUCAAUGGUUGAUAUAGUAAUGUUGGCUGAACCCAAAAAACCGUCCUGGCCUUAUGAAAGGAGACAACGGUCAUGUUCUAGAACUAAUAGUGAUACAGGGGUAGAGUCUCCAGUAGUUCCUGUCACUAAAUCAAACAAUAAACUGAAUAACUUUCACCAGAGAUUCGACAUGCGGUCUAAUAAAGGCAGAGAAGAGGUUAACAAAGUUGAGUCUGCACAAAAAUUCUACUUACCUCAACCAAAACGUAGCACUGGUUCUUACGAUAACCAUACUCCAUCUUACACUAGCCCGUCGUUUCUCGUGAAGCGUGGUCAUAGUAAUGCGGGUUUUUACUCUGGAACUCACAUUUUAAGGGAUGCGCCUGCUAGUAUGACGAGUCUCGUCAUGAAUGGAACUCACAGUCAUGCCGAUUUAAAAAGAACUUUAUCACCGAUGGGGACCUCUAGUAGCUUCGGAAUUCAUAAAGUAACAGAUAUGCCUUCAGGAUUGUAUUGAUAACUAUCAUAUUCAUCGAUAUUUAUGUAAUCAAACCAACGACUAAUUUAAGAAAUUUCGUACCUAAUUACUUCGACUAGUGCAAUAUUAUAAUAUAACCUGUAAGGAAUUCUAGUGUAAACGUAGAAAUACUUACAUUCAUUUACGAAUGGAUUUAGUUCAUUAAUCUUAAAAAAAUAUUGCUAAUAUUUUACUGUGGCAAUUUGUAUUCACUUAGAGUAAUAAAUUUAUUAAAAACUGAUGUAACGAGUAUCUUUAAUUUAAAUUUUAUAUUCUUUGUGUAUUUUGAAUAGAAUCUUGGUAAUUUUGUUUGUAAGCAAAAUUGGCUUAAGAUCACGAUUUAGUUAUGAUUGCUGCCAGAUUUUGUUUUAUGUUUUCUUUUCUUUUAAUUAUUACUUUUUCACACUUAUUUUCCUUAAUAAUU